AUGGUGGGGUCGACAUUGACGAUGCCGCCUCGAUCCUCCUUGACAUCGUCUUUUUCCGUCUCGGACGCAAAUAAUGAGGUUGUUUGUCCACUGCGCAAUCAAGAUGGCUCCAGCUGUCGCAAACGUUGCCUCGGCGAUUUGGAUGGGCAGGAAAAGCGAUACCGGUCUAUGCAAGAGCAUAUACGAAGAGCUCACCCAGAGCACUACAUUUCGAAGCUCCCUGCUACAGAGGAGAGCUUCCAGCUCAUGAUCACUACCCCGCCAUCCGAACGACCACCUCCUCCCACAAGCUCCAGCUUGGGUCCCCAUGGCUAUGGAAACGACCGGCAUAGUUAUUAUGGCGAUGAUUCGAGUACUCCUAAUACUCCCAGGAACCUGGACGACCUCAAUUCUGGUUCGAUGCUGCCAGCCGCUAGCGCCGCGGCUGCCCUCGCACAGCUGCAUAAUCAUACGUUGGAUGGAGACUGGGACUCGGAACUGGACUGGAUGUCGGAUACGGAAGCACGCAAACAGGCAAUGAGGUCGUCGAUCGAGCUCCCACCAAUACAAGGAAACAAUAUUGAGCCCACAAGCGAACCCUUCUCUCAUCUCAAUCCACAUCGGAGGAGAGAACUUCUUCCCUCGAUUCUGUCUACUUCGCCACCUGGCCGAUCAUCCACUCUUCCCCCGAUUCAGAGACCAGGUCCCAAUGGUCGCCCACGAAAACAGUCCGUCUCAAAGCGUGCAAGAGAGCCACAACACAAAAAGCAUAAGUCUCGAGAGAAUGCUCACCUGAGACGAAUGAGCUACGACCGUAAAGCCUUCUCUGCUGAGCCUUCGAGUGCUUUGUCUGCAGCUUAUGGUAAAAGAUGGGAAGACCUGAUCGAUGCUGCUACAUCAGCUACUGAAGACGUCGAAGACGAUAGGACCCCUGUUCCGCCCUCGCCCGUUUCAGUAAAUCGAGCUUCAUUGCCUCCAUUCUCCACAUCCCACUUUCAAGGGUAUCAAGCCUCACCACUCCAACAAGCACUUACACCACCAUCAUAUCUACCCGAAGCCCCGGAGCCGUUCCCCUCUGUGGAAAGUGGCGAAAGUGGUCAGAACUUCCACAUCGAAUCUCGGGGCCUGUCCGACUCGUCGCCUAGUUUUUCUUCACAGAGUAUUGAGAUUUAUUGCGCAGCAUGUCAGGGAGUAUCGCUUUUGAAGGAAUCGUAUGCCUGUACAGAAUGCAUAUGUGGAAUCUGCCAAGCGUGCGUCGAUGUUUUAAUGGCAGAGCAAGGCGCACGGAGAAAGUGUCCUCGGUGCGCAACUAUAGGAGGACGUUUCAAGCCAUUUCAGUUGGAUAUUCGAUAA